AUGACCGUAGCAAACACCAAGAAAAAAGACCACGAAGACGUGCUUGCGCGACUGGUGCGUGACCUAGAGUCGAAGAAGACUCUGUGUCGUGUUAAGGACUACCCUGGUGUGUCCCUCGAGCAGCUAAACCAGCACCAGCCUGGCUUCUUCGUCGACGAAGGCCGAUUUGUUCCAUUUCGACUGGUGGUGUUCGGAUGCAGCGUGAUCUCACCGUACAUCUGCAAGGUGCUGCUGAAUUGGGCUGCGUGGAGUGGCCAUGGUGGAAGAGUGACAAAUGCGCAAGGUGAAUACGUGCUGGAUGGCACAGCGCUUCGGGUACCCUAUGUGGCGUAUGUGCCUCGAGGUGAAGCAAGGCAACUGACCGAAACGCAACGAUGGACUCGUGGUGGAGAGCCUUUUGUUCCGACGCUCGUGGUGGAAAUUGACACUCUUACUGGCCCAUAUUCCAAACUUGAUGCUCUCGAUCACAAGAUGCGGCGCGAGUACUUUCCUCACGGGGUGCAAUUGGGAUGGCUCAUUGAUUUAAAGAACAAAAUUAUGCACGAAUACAAGCGGGACACCCGAGGAGAUCGGCUUGUUCGACGCGUCGGCAAUAGCGCGUGGAGAGAUCUUGAUGGUGGUACCGUUCUUCCUGGCUUCACCCUUUCUUGCGAAGAUUUGGACGAUGUGUUGGACCAGGAAUCCGGAUCGUCAUCGGAAGAAGAAGUGGAUUGGACUUGUUCAGUGCACGGAUGCACAGAGCGAUUCAACAGACGUGGUGCGUUUACUGCUCAUGCUGAAUGGCAUCGUGUUGAAAAUGCUAGAGCUCGACGUAGAGCAACCCAUGCGAACCAUUAA